UGUGGCUGGAUGGAUUACUCGUGUGAUGAGCCCAGCAGCAACUGACGGACAAAAUGAGGAACGUUCUAUCGAGUGUUUACCUUUCCACGAGCAUCCUGCAUGCCUGUAGUGCUAUACCGAUACCGUACGUGGUGCAUACAGGACACCAUGACGCGGUCAUUAUCGGGGUGCUGGCGUGCCUUGGCCUUGGUUCGUUCAUAAUGGGGUUUUGUAUUUUCUGCAAAAAGAAGAGUGGAAAGUUUAAGAAAUUCAAAGAUGGAGACAUCAUACAGGAAGUGAUUGCAACGGAAUACCCCAUACUGAAAGCGCUGAAUGUACUGGAUUCUUCCGUACCGUGUGCUGUCAUCCCGUCGAGCCCUAAUAAUCUUUCCACCGAUAAUCUGCUCGAUAAAAUCGAAACGUACCAGAUCGAUGUAGAUCAUCCGCACGAUUCGUACUGCACCCGGAGAAGCGAUCCACUCACCUGUACGUACGAUGAGUUUGAUCCGAACGAUGAAUCGGAUGAUAGGACGGAACGGACUGCAACCACGGCGACGGUUGAACCGGUGGUCGGCGAUGAACCACUACUCUUCUCCGAUGUUUUCGAUGAAUCGCUAGAAAGAAGCGAAAAGUGUAAUCUCACUGCGGUUUCGGUCGCGCUCCCAACAUCUUCGGGUGAGGAAGAUGACGAAGGGCUACCACUACCGCCCCGAUCGGACGCCGAGGAUGAAGACGAACGUCGCCCACUGGUUAGCGAUGAUAGUAUAGAUGAAGCGGCGGCCACCACCGCCACAACCAUUACGGUUACGGCAACGAUGGCCCAAUCGGCCGAUGCCAUCAGUAUCGAGGAAGCGUUGCGUGCUUUAGAUAUUGCUAUCGAGGGUGAAGAAGACGAGGAUGAGGAUGUGGUCGAAGAUGAGGACGAUGAAGAUGAUGAGGGCCAAGCAACCCCGUUGAACGAAAGUGAUGGCUCACUAUCACCGUCCACCUACUCGGAACCCCCACCAGACGUUAUUGCGGUGCUUCGGCGGGAGGACGUUGAGCAGCAAGCCGCCGAAUUGGUGGACGAUGUGCUGUACCAAUGUCAGUACAUGAUACAGAUGAUGGAUGCGAACGGGAGCAAUCUGUCACCGUUGGAAGCGGACGAAUUUUCACCGACCAACUCGCGGGGGAACAUAUUCGACGGUUGGGGUAAUUUGGAGCUGGACGGUAAUGUGUCCUUUGCCGCGGUCGAUGAUGAUAAUGACGAUUGGUGGAAGGGUUCGUUGGAACCGUUUGAGGGCGAAGGGGAGGAUAGUGAGCAGUGGAAUCAUCGUGCUGGUAACGAUCCAUUCCAGGAUGAUCAUACGUUUGAUUUGCUUCGUCAACAGCUCAGCCAACUGCUACCACCGCAGGGCAGUGAUUCUGCCGGCGUAAUUGGGCGGACUGAAAAUGGUGAUCAUGAUCCGACACUCGGUGGCGGUGGUAGUCCAAAAGUAUUUGACCUCGGGGGUAUUAACGAUUACGAUCGGCCUGAACGUGAGACGGAAGAAAACGAAAUCAUUAUCAACUACAACCGCUCGCUAUCGCCCAUACUGGAGGAAAACGAGGACGAAUGCAGUUUGCCACCAUCGAUCAGUGUCGCUCACUGCUCCAACGUUGUGGAGAGUACGAUAAUAAGCACCGAAGGUCCAGUGGUGUGUGAAGCGACCGAAUCAGUGCCAGCCCUUGCCAGACGAAGCUCUCUGACCGCGUCGAACGACACACUGUUCAACCUGGAGGACGUACUGGAAGAUCGUUGCAUGACCCCGCAAGACGAUACAUUCCCAGCGAGCAGUAGCAGUAGCAGUAACCACGCAUCACCCCGCACAAUGCUGGCGAUGGACGCGCACGGGGACCAUCAUGCUGGUAGUGGGUUAGAAAAAUUGUACACCUUCUCGUCACGACUCCUAGCGUCAACGACUAGCGUUGACGAUCAUCACGUACUUCAUCAUCAUCAUCAUCAUCACCCUUCACAGCGGCAUCACGUCCAUCUGCUUUCGUCCAUCUGUCUGGAUGAUCUAAGCGUUGGUGAUAUUAUGGAAUCGCCACCACCUCCUCCACCCCUACCAACAGCCAUCGGGGGGAGUGGUGGUACGACUGGAGCAGGAGGAGGCAACAGUGCGGGCGGACUACUCAUGGCCGAAACAAAACAGGAUCUUCCCUCAUCGGCCUAGAAUCCAUGUGUUUUCUAUGUAUUUCUUUAGUAGAUCUG